AUGGAAGUAGGGACCUUAAACACAUAUCGCUUAAUUAUUAUUAUUAUUAUUAUUAUUAUUAUUAUUAUUAUUAUUAUUAUUAUUAUUAUUAUUAUUAUUAUUAUUAUUAUUAUUAUUAUUAUUAUUAUUAUUAUUAUUAUUAUUAUUAUUAUUAUUAUUAUUAUUAUUAUUAUUAUUAUUAUUAUUAUUAUUAUUAUUAUUAUUAUUAUUAUUAUUAUUAUUAUUAUUAUUAUUAUUAUUAUUAUUAUUAUAUUAUUAUUAUUAUUAUUAUUAUUAUUAUUAUUAUUAUUAUUAUUAUUAUUAUUAUUAUUAUUAUUAUUAUUAUUAUUAUUAUUAUUAUUAUUAUUAUUAUUAUUAUUAUUAUUAUUAUUAUUAUUAUUAUUAUUAUUAUUAUUAUUAUUAUUAUUAUUAUUAUUAUUAUUAUUAUUAUUAUUUAUUAUUAUUAUUAUUAUUAUUAUUAUUAUUAUUAUUAUUAUUAUUAUUAUUAUAUUAUUAUUAUUAUUAUUAUAUUAUUAUUAUUAUUAUUAUUAUUAUUAUUAUUAUUAUUAUUAUUAUUAUUAUUAUUAUUAUUAUUAUUAUUAUUAUUAUUAUUAUUAUUAUUAUUAUUAUUAUUAUUAUUAUUAUUAUUAUUAUUAUUAUUAUUAUUAUUAUUAUUAUUAUUAUUAUUAUUAUUAUUAUUAUUAUUAUUAUUAUUAUUAUUAUUAUUAUUAUUAUUAUUAUUAUUAUUAUUAUUAUUAUUAUUAUUAUUAUUAUUAUUAUUAUUAUUAA